GAGGUCUGAAAAUAUCGUAAUCGGACUCAGCGUACUCGAAAACCUAUGAAACUUUAAAAAAAGUAAUAUUUGUCACCUUAAAACCUUCAAAACCCUCAAGAUUCUCUAGAAAACCAAUUUUCUGAGCACUAUAUCGGCUGAAAAAGUGUUUCAGAGGAAAGAGGACUUGCGAAAACUUAUAAAUCUGGUGUUUUGAGUGAAAUAGAUCAGUUUAAAGCCAAAUGUCCACGUGCCUACUGAAAAUUCCGCACUGUGAACUGAUUGAAGCAACUUAGGUCAAUUUGAUGGAUGAAUAUACACCAAAUGAUCAUAAUAUGGCUUUACGUUUUAAUGAACAUGAAUAUCAACAUCAUGUCGCUGAAGAAAGUCAAGUUCAUUUACGACGACGCAAGAAGAUUCGUGAUGAAAUUGAUAUUAAACUUUUCUUGCUCCAUGAUGAGCAAAAGAACAACAAACUGAACGAUGCUCAAUUAGCAAUAAAAUGUGGUCGAAUUGUGAAGACACGGUUAUUCAAAAAAUAA